AUGGAUCCAAUUUAUUCAAGUUCACCAUCCAGUGUCGACAAACCUUUUGCAAAAGAUGAAAAAGAUAAAGGCACCAAUUUAAGAUAUUAUCGAACCGGAGAGGCAACUCUCCUUUUGGUAAAAGUAUUAACGGAAGCCAUAUCGAGGCCAUCCAACCGCCCUCUCUUACAGGAGUGGAUAGAUUUGAUCGAAGUCUCAUUGCCAUAUUUUCGACAAUCCUUCAAUACAAUUUUGACACCAUUGAUUCAAUGCAUCUGUGAUCAAUUGAGUCGAUGGAAAUCAGAAGCGAAUUAUCAUUACAUUAUGAUGGCUAAUCACAAUGAAUCAAAUGUAUCGAAUUCCAAAUCGAAUGUUGUGGAUCCGGCAAUGUCUGAUUGGGAUAUUGUCACAUUGUUAAAUGGUUUUGAAGAGAUCGUGAAAGAUUGUCUGAAUAAGCAUUCCAACGAUGACGCUGAUGCCAUUCAAUAUGGGAUUUCAAAAGGUUACGAUACGACGCUUGGACUUCCAGCACUGACAGGUUAUGUCACCGGUGUGUUUUCAAUGGAUACAGGCGUCUACGAAACUUCAGCGCCCGAACAAAAACCUCGUGAUUAUAUGAUGUACACAGUUUUUCCAAAUAUAGUUGCUAUUGUAUUAGAUAUUUGGACCAUAUUUAAAAACGUAUUUUCUCCAAAUAAUGAUCAAAGAAUUGGUGUGGACCCGUUCGUCAUAUCGCUUGAGCAUACUGGAAAAAGGAUAAAAGAGCGGAUCAAGAUUUUAUUGGAAGAGCUAUUUAAGAGAGCACACGCUGAACUCAUUGAAGCAUUUGUGGAACUUUGGUACAUAGAAAAUCCAGAUAUCACCGCAAUAGUUUCUGAGGUAGUCCUAAAAGAUGUCGAUAGCACUGUCAUAGAGGUGCUGAAAUCCAUACCUGGUUCUUCUCCACAAAAGGUCAUCAACACUCUUCUAAUAAGCGCACGUAAUCGAUCUGCAAGCUCACAAUCACAAAAAAAUAAAAAAUCCGUGGUGAAAUCCAACAAGCUGACGGAUGUUUUAAUCCUACGAUUCUUGGAGGUGUAUGCCGACUCUCUAGACAAAAUAGAUCCCUUGAUUGAAGUAUGGCCACAAUGCAUGUCAUAUAUAAAGGAUUUCGCGCAUGCGUCAGUUUACAAGAAUUUAUUCCCAUCCAUUUUAAGGUUCAUGCAUGGAUUAGCCGAUAGGCUGUGCUUGACUUCAUAUUUCGAAGAUAAGAAAGUGCGGAAAGAAAUGCAGGACGCUUAUCAACGCGUUUUGGACUAUUGUAUUCUAAUCUCUGGGCGUUCAUAUGAUCAAGGAUUAUGGCUUCGAAGGACACUUCCCCAAGAUGGAGAUGAUGAUAAAGUCAGCGUUAAUGAAACAGAUGAAAAGGAAGCAGAAUCAGGACGAUUGAUUAGUAACAUGCCUGAAGAAAAAAAGAUGGCAUGGAAAUCGAAGGAAUCUCUCUUGAUCGAGCAGAUUAACAUAUACCUUGCCGAAGUUGUAAUACCAGACAUAAGGCGAAUACUUGUGGAUCAAGACCGGAUUAUUGCCAUCGUAACGAAUCUUAUGUAUUAUAUCGUUGCGCCAGCGUUAAAAAAUCGUCCAAAUUCACGCGCGAAUUCUGUAAUACUCAACCUUCUUCACGAGAUUUCCAAAAUACCUUUCGUAUACCGGGUAUGGCGCAAGGAAGCAUGGGAUGUCUUUACCGAUAAUCGAUUCUUUAACAUGAAUCCCUCGGCUGCAAAAAAAUGGUAUGACAUAAUGCAAACAAUCAUGACUUCGGAAAAAGAGAGGUUUGGAGAAGUGUUGACUCGUAUAACUACCACAACUGCAAACGCUUUGUUUGUUAAUAAAGAACAAGAAUCCCUGAACCGUUCCCUGAAUCUCCGGAGACUUUCUUUUAUAAUAUUUUGCGGCAAAUUGGAUCAGUAUCUAAAACAAUUGCCUAGCGUAGCCGAAAAAUUGGUCGAAUUAUUCAAGCUAGGUUUUACCGAAUCAGUGCAUGCUGAGAUAUACCUGUGCCUGCGAGUACUGAUGUGUCGUGUUUCCAAUCAACAUCUAACAAAUUUUUGGCCUGGUAUUCUCACCGAGUUGCUUUGUCUAUACGGAUCCAUUCUCCAAAAGGAAAACAACAAAAAUUUGGCUGGACCGGAAGUUGCCAACUCAUUCUUAUCAGCGUGCAAAUUCUUGGAUUUAUUAUUC